AUGCCUGGCGACAGAAAGGACGAGAUCUGUCAGAAGGCGCUGGAACUCCUCUCGGAUCUUUGCUCUAAGGGCGAAGUGCAGAAUGACAACUGUUUGGAUUUCAUUUAUUAUUUCCGUGAUCUGGCCAGACCGAGGUACUCCGACUCAGAUGUGUCGGUGAGCCUGCUGUCUCUGGUGGUGACGGCCUGCGGCCUAGCCCUGUUUGGGGUUUCCCUUUUUGUGUCCUGGAAGCUGUGUUGGGUCCCAUGGCGCGAGCGUGGCCUUUCGCCAUGCACCAAGGAUGGCCAGGCAGAACAGCAGCCCGUCUGCACAGAUAUGGAGACCGUCGACAAUGAGUGCAGUGAAGAUUGCGCCAAGGAGGUGGCCCCAGUGCCUGAGGCAGCCAUGAAGAUCAGCCAUACCUCACCAGACAUCCCUCUGGAGGCACAGUCCAAGGCCAAAGGGAACUGCGUCCACAAUGUUCGCAUGCAGCGGCAGAUUACCGAGCCCACCUCCUCGGUCCGGCACAAUUCCAUUCGGAGGCAAAUGAACCAGUCAAACCCAGACUUCAGUGUGGCGCAGUUCCAGAGACAAGAGUCCCUGAGUGGUCUGGGUCGUAUUAAGCCUGAGCUGUACAAGCAGCGCUCUGUGGAUGGUGAGGACACCCGACGGGGCGUCAACUGUGGCCGCCUUCAUUUCAUCCUCAAGUAUGACUGUGACCUGGAGCAGCUCAUCGUCAAGAUCCAUAAGGCAGAGGACCUUCCUGCCAAAGACUUCUCGGGAACCUCUGACCCCUAUGUGAAGAUUUACCUGCUCCCCGACCGCAAGACCAAGCAUCAGACCAAGGUACACCGCAAGACUCUGAACCCGGUGUUUGAUGAGGUCUUCCUGUUCCCCGUGGCCUACACCGAACUGCCCUCACGCAAGCUGCACUUCAGUGUCUACGACUUCGACAGAUUUUCCCGCCACGACGUCAUUGGCCAGGUGGUGGUAGACAACUUCUUGGACCUGGCCGACUUCCCCAGGGAGACAAAACUCUGCAGGGACAUCCAAUAUGUCAGUUCGGAUAAUGUUGACCUCGGAGAUCUCAUGUUCUCACUCUGCUACCUUCCCACUGCUGGAAGACUGACCAUCACUAUCAUUAAGGCAAGAAACCUGAAAGCUAUGGACAUCACCGGGGCAUCAGAUCCUUAUGUGAAAGUUUCUUUAAUGUGUGACGGGCGCAGAUUAAAGAAGAGAAAAACAUCUACGAAGAGAAACACAUUAAAUCCUGUCUAUAAUGAAGCCAUAGUUUUUGAUGUCCCUCCAGAAAACAUUGACCAAAUUAGCCUUUCAAUAGCUGUAAUGGACUACGACCGUGUAGGUCACAAUGAGGUCAUUGGCGUAUGUCGGGUGGGCAACGAAGCAGAGAGCCUUGGUCGUGACCAUUGGAAUGAGAUGCUGAUGUACCCUCGCAAGCCCAUCGCCCACUGGCACCCACUGGUUGAGUGGGUGGGACAGGGAACCUCGGCCGGCAGUCAGGGAGGAUCCUGCCACUCCCUUAAAACGCCGCCGUCACCCUGACUACAGCAGCA